UGACCAUUAUACCAAAUAAGGAGAGAAUGAAAGUUGUUAUAUAGAGAAGAUGGUACGCCAUUGUUAUUGAAUAGUUUGCAUGAAACCUCCAUUCUUACAACUAUACAAAAUUCAAUUGAGCAAUUUGUGUUUUCAACUCCGACGAAAAUGGAAGAUGUUGUUGGCUCCGGCGCCUUACCGAUUAAAGUAACCGCCGUCGCUGCAGGGGAAGCACAUACUCUUCUUCUCACCGGGGAUGGUAGUGUAUAUUCUUGGGGAAGAGGAACAUUGGGAAGGCUUGGUUUGGGUUCAGAAGAAGACCAACUUUUUCCAGCUCAAGUCAAGUUUGGAUCAGAGGACUCUGUUAGAAUAGUGGGAAUUGCUGCUGGUGCAUAUCAUAGUCUAGCUCUUUCAGAUGAUGGAUGUGUUUGGUGCUGGGGUUACAAUUUAUAUGGUCAACUUGGUAUCACAAAUGAUGAGGACUCCCACAAUCCAAAAUAUAUAGAUGGAUAUUACUCUGUAGUUCCUUGCUUAUUGAACAAGUUUCUUGAGCUGCACCCCUCAGAUUCUUCAACUUUCAUGUCAUCACAAGAAGAAGGGAAAACAUCACUUAAGAUAUUUUCUAUCAAAGCAGGAGGAAUGAUGUCACUAUCUAUUGACAAUCUUGGAGCCCUAUGGAUAUGGGGAAAUUGUCCUCACCAAAGCAAAGAAGGUACAUUCUCAAUAGUAACCAAUUUCACUCCAACACCAAUAUGGGAUUUCCAUGGUCACAUUGUAGUAAAAGUUGCAUGUGGAAAUGAACACAUUAUAGCACUAGUUAGUAUUGGAGAAUCAUACAAAGGUGAAGAAGAUGAACUCAUGUGUUACUCUUGGGGUAACAACAAUCAUGGUCAAUUAGGUUUAGGUGAUGAAGAGAAUAGGCCACAUCCACAAUUGGUUAAAACAUUUGAUCAAAAGUCUCCUUGGAAAAUUUAUGAGGUGGCAUGUGGUGCAUUUCACACUGCUUUGUUAACUCAUAGGAAAAAGACUAAUGACAAAUUAGAAAGUGUGUGUUGGACAUUUGGACUUGGUGAUAAUGGACAACUUGGUCAUGGAACAACACAAAGCACGUCAAUUCCUGAACUUGUUCAGGAAUUGCCACAAUUUGUGAAUCUUGUUUCUAUUGAUUGUGGUUUGUUUCAUACUUGUGUUGUUUCGUCGGUUGGAGAUGUUUGGUCUUGGGGAAUGGAGAAGGGUCUUGGUUUAUAUCCCAAUGCGCGAGUUGUUGGCGAGUAUUCUAGUGAUGCUCUUUUUCCUCUACGUGUUUUAUGUAGUACUUGUGAGGGUAAAUUUUUGGGACCAGUUGGUGUCGUGUGUGGUGCGGCUCACACGGUUAUUGUUGCACAAGAGGGAUACAAAGUUUGGUCUAUGGGAAGAGGAAGAAGUGGUGUUCUUGGAAAUGGUAAGUUAAUGGAUUGUUACACUCCAACAUUAGUGUUGUGGCCUCCAUUAGUGGAAGAUUUCAAUUUUAAACAAGUAGGAUCACCGAGUUCUCGCAACCAGGAUAAAGGACAAAGAGAUUGAAAAUCAAAGUGAUAAAAUAUAUGUGAAAUUAUUCUCAGUAGCAUACUUCGAUUUAUCUUUGGAAAAUGUUUUGAUGAACAAGACAUACACGAUUCAUUGCAUAAUUCAGACGCAUUUCAACCAAUGAAACUAGUGUAUAUUAAAGUAAAGAGUACAUCAUUCUUAUCAAAGUAUAGCAGAUACGAGUUAAUAAGCUAGCUAAUUGUGUCUUAAUUUUUGUUGUUUCUAGCUUUUCCUCUACAUCCAUGUGAAAAUUUACUAGCUAGCCUCUAUUGAUUUAUUGGGUUCUGUUAGUAAUUUGAGUACAGAUAGUCUCCAAUUUUUUUUUUAUGUAAGAACAAGUUUGGUAUUCUGUAUAUGUUAUAUGUUGUUGUAUUCAUCUUUUUGUCGGUGACAUGCGUGCAAAUCAAUAAAUUUCAAUAAGCGCAUUUGUUUUA